CCCCAGCCUGCUCCGCUCCUCCGCUCCUCGGCGCGCGAGGGGCCGCGGCGGUUGUGGCGGCGCUGCCCGGCAUGUUUCAGAGCCCGCGGCGGCUCUGCUCCGCCCUGCUGCAGAGGGAAGCCCCCGGCCUGCGCCGCCUGCCCGGCCCCGGGCUGCGUCGCCAGUCGCCCCCGCCGACGGCUGUCCCUCGGCCCGCAACCUCCCGGUUCCUGGUGGCGGCCUCGGCGGCCUCGGGCGCUGCCAGGUCGUGUUCCCGAGCAGCGUCUUCCAUGGGCAACGGGACAAGCAGACUCUACAGCGCGCUCGCCAAGACGCUCAACAGCAGCGCUGCCUCUCAGCACCCCGAGUAUUUAGUGUCGCCCGACUCGGACCAUCUGGAGCCCAUCGACCCCAAGGAGCUGCUGGAGGAAUGCAGGGCCGUGCUGCACACCCGGCCGCCACGCUUCCAGAGGGACUUUGUGGAUGUGAGGACAGACUGCCCCAGCAGCCACCCACCCAUCAGGGUCAUGCAGUGGAACAUCCUCGCCCAAGCUCUUGGCGAAGGCAAAGACAACUUUGUCCAGUGUCCUCUGGAGGCCCUCAAAUGGGAGGAGAGGAAGUGUCUCAUCCUAGAAGAAAUCCUAGCCUACCAGCCUGAUAUAUUGUGCCUCCAAGAGGUGGACCACUACUUCGACACCUUCCAGCCACUCCUCAGUAGACUGGGCUACCAGGGCACAUUUUUCCCCAAGCCCUGGUCGCCGUGUCUCGAUGUUGAACACAACAAUGGCCCCGACGGCUGUGCCUUGUUUUUUCUCCAAAAUCGAUUCAAGCUCAUCAACAGUGCCAAUAUCAGGCUGACAGCUAUGACAUUGAAAACCAAUCAGGUGGCCAUCGCACAGACCCUGGAGUGCAAGGAAUCAGGUCGACAGUUCUGCAUCGCCGUCACCCACUUAAAAGCACGCACUGGGUGGGAGCGGUUUCGGUCAGCUCAGGGCUGUGACCUUCUCCAGAACCUGCAGAACAUCACCCAGGGAGCCAAGAUUCCUCUCAUCGUUUGUGGGGACUUCAACGCAGAGCCAACAGAAGAGGUCUACAAACACUUCGCUUCCUCCAGCCUCAACCUCAACAGCGCCUACAAGCUGCUGAGCGCUGACGGGCAGUCAGAGCCCCCGUACACCACGUGGAAGAUCCGCACCUCGGGGGAGUGCCGCCACACGCUGGAUUAUAUCUGGUACUCUAAGCACGCGCUCAGCGUGAGGGCUGCUCUAGAUUUACUCACUGAAGAGCAGAUUGGGCCCAACCGGCUCCCUUCCUUCAAUUAUCCUUCAGACCACCUGUCACUGGUGUGCGACUUCAGCUUUAACGAGGAACCCGAUGCACUUUUAUGAAGGACUGUCUGCAUCUUUAUGAUCACAAGAGUCUUAAGCAGGGAUGUUGCAGGAAACUGAAAUAGGAGUUGCCCCAGGAAGGAGUCCCAGUUUCAGGACCUUCACUUUCCAUGUUACCAGCUUGCCCUUAGGAAAGAAUCCCAUUAGUUCACAAACU